AAGCCUGGCAGUGGAACUUGGGUCAAACCAUUACCAUGAACGAGCAGUGACCAAUAGCAAAGGAAGAAGAAGAUCCAAGAGGACUGAGCAAACGACAGACCCAGAUACAGAACUCAACGGUGUAUUCCUGGACAGUAAGGUACUAUAAUGGCAACCACAAUCUGUUUCAUCCUGUGGGUGUUAUUUAUAACAGAUAGUGUAUGGACUCGAAGUGUGAGACAGGUCUAUGAGGUAAACGAUCCAGAGGAUUUCAAUGAAAAUGACUUUGAUUGUCCUAGGGAAUGUUUCUGUCCCCCGAGUUUCCCUACUGCUUUAUACUGUGAAAAUCGAGGUCUCAAAGAAAUCCCUGCUAUUCCUUCAAGGAUCUGGUAUCUUUAUCUUGAAAACAACCUGAUAGAGACCAUUCCUGAGAAGCCAUUUGAGAAUGCCACCCAACUCAGAUGGAUAAAUCUAAACAAGAAUAAAAUAACUAACUAUGGAAUUGAGAAAGGAGCUCUGAGUCAACUGAAAAAGCUACUUUUCUUAUUUCUGGAAGAUAAUGAGCUAGAGGAGGUACCUUCUCCUUUGCCAAGAAGUUUAGAACAAUUGCAAUUAGCUAGAAACAAGGUGUCCCGAAUUCCUCAAGGAACUUUCAGCAAUCUGGAGAACCUGACCCUUCUUGACCUGCAGCACAAUAAACUAUUGGACAAUGCCUUUCAGAGAGACACCUUUAAGGGUCUCAAGAACCUCAUGCAGCUAAAUAUGGCCAAGAAUGCCCUGAGGAAUAUGCCACCAAGAUUACCAGCUAAUACAAUGCAACUGUUUCUAGACAACAAUUCCAUUGAAGAAAUACCAGAAAAUUAUUUCAAUGUGAUUCCCAAAGUGGCUUUCCUGAGACUAAAUCACAACAAAUUAUCAGAUGCAGGUCUCCCUUCAAGAGGUUUUGAUGUAUCAUCGAUUCUAGAUCUUCAGCUGUCUCACAAUCAACUCACAAAGGUUCCCCGAAUCAGCACCCGCCUGCAGCACCUCCACCUCGAUCAUAACAGAAUUAAAAGUGUGAAUGUCUCAGUAAUAUGCCCUACCCCUGGCACACUGGCUGCAGAACAAGAUUCCUUCCACUAUGGACCUCAUCUUAGCUAUCUCCGUCUGGAUGGAAAUGAGAUCAAGCCACCAAUCCCAAUGGAUUUAAUGACUUGUUUUAGGUUCCUUCAGGCUGUCAUUAUUUAAAAAUAACUUCAGCAAUCACAAAUAGGUUUAUUGAAUGAAUAUUUCUAACAAGAAAUUUGAAUAUUAUUCAUAGAUUUAAGGAAAAAAAUCACAUUUCCAGCUGUUCUUGGCUCUCGUUUUCAUUAGUUCAGCUUAUUUUUCCCCAUUCAAAGAUGCUUUGCUGAUGAUAUAUAGCAAAGUCUGCUUUUCUUUAAUAAAACAGACACAGAGUUAAGAUUUUCAACUCAAAGAUAUUUUUUUUCUCUUUCACAGUUUAGUAAUGCCAAAUAAUGCAGUUGCAUUGUUGUAUAGCAGAAAGAACAUAUUUGCUCAUGUUCAGAAUUGCUUAUGCAGAUAAUAUAUUUACAGGAUAACUACUAAUGUAGCAUGAGCUAAGAAGAUCUGAAGAAAAUAGAAAAAUGAGAUUGUUCUUAAUCAUACCUCUUAAGAGAAUGAAUUGCAGAUGGUUAAAUGAUUUUUGUAGGUGCAAAUUUGGUGUGUUGCUUGAGUAUGACAUAUAUCAAAUACUACAUAGUAAGAGAUUUCUAGUCAUUUAAUACCAAAUAACAAUGCAAUAGCCAUUUAUAGUCCACUACUAUUUUUAUAGCUGUUGUUUCAGACAUAGAGCAAUAUUCUCUAUCAAUUAAACAAGACCCAAAUUUUACAUUUAUUAUAAUACAUUCCUGACACCAUCUUAGUGUUUUAACACUUGAAGUCCACUUACAUUGCAAAUUGUUCAGUUUUUAUAUUUGCCAGAAUUUGGGGACAUUUUUCAAUAAAAGGAGUGAAUGAUUUCUAACAAAACAGAAGCACAAUAUUUAUUUCAGGGGAAUUGCUCAUAAGUUUUAUUAAUAAUAUAUUUUAAUAAAAAACGUUAUGGUAACAAGGAUCUCCAU